AGAACCAUAUACGAUCACAACCUUCAAGGUCCCAGCAGUGAAACUGAUUUCAGAGUGUUCACACUGAAGGUGUAUUUCAAAGUCAAACCAGGAGAGGCAAACAAACCUCAAACUGCCCCAGCAACCAAUGGACCAGCAGCUCCAUGCUCCACCACCUCCACCUCAUCCUCCACGAGGGUUCCAAGUACUACUAGAGUCCCCACCAAGCACAAACUCCAGUUAUUAGCUCUUGACCGUCACCUCCUCCCAUGGGAAACGGUCCUAGGCCUAUGCCUCCUGGUGGCAUCCCAUCGCCUCCACCCCUCUGCACAAUGGCAAAUUUGGCUGCUAGGGUUCCAACAAUUCUUCCUGAAGGUUUUCCAGGUCAACAGAUGCCACCCCCUCCACCUCCCAACAUGCAGCAGUAGGUAUCCAGCCAUCCAUUUCCAUCUUUUGCUAGGCACAAAUCCAUGAAGCAUCAUGCAAGGUGUAAAACUCCAGGAGCAGCAUGAUAUGGUUCAGAAAUGUAAUCAAAUUGCAUAUUGGAU